AUGGUACUGAGUGAGUAUCCACUUAUAAAGGUGCCAUAUCGCACUUCAUUUGAGGGGUGGGAUGAUAAUGAGCCCAAUAUGGACCCCAAGAAGAAAUACGUGUGUCUCAAUGUCCGAACUGGUUUGAGAAUUACCUGUAAAGAUCAGAGGAGGCAGUUUGUAUGUGCAACGUACCAUCAAGUGCAACAAAGGGACCCCGACAAAUUUUAUGAUUUCAUAUAUAGGGUACAUUACUUUCGACAUGUGAACGACACUCUACUGGGGGAAUACUGGGUGAUGAAACAGGAGUUUACAUAUACCAAGGCUUAUAUUGCAUGUAGCCGCGGCAGAUACUCUACCCUAGCUGUCGGCUUCGACCAGGGCGAGUUGGACUUCAUCGCCGAAAUCGCCUCAUUAAGAGAAUGGGAGCUACAUUACAUCCACCUGGGCUUUGCAGAACGAAACAACAAAGAUUAUUACCAAUCCUUUGCAAAUGAAUUUUACAUGCUUCAUUGGAGCUUCCGAAUUGGAAAAUUUUGGGACCACGGUUAUCUGGAAGGGAAAAAGCAGUUUGGCGCAGCCAAUGUUAAACAAUUAACUCGAUGUGAAUCUAUGUCGGCAAAGAAAUUCACAUGUGCAGUUUAUGACUGGAUACCUGAUAAUAAUUUCCCUAGACAGAUGGGAAAAAAUAGGAAAGUGAUCAAAACUCAUCCACCAUUUCAUGUCAGCUGGACUUCAAUCGAGCGUCCCCCUCUCACUUCCAGGCCUCUCUUGAGAAGUGUGCCACUAGCAAACAGACACUGGUUUAGUGAAGCGUUUGAGUGGUACAGUAAGCUGGACGACUCUGUAAAGGCUACCUACUUCAUUCCAAACUUAAGGUCCAAUCACAACUGGACAGCUGCUGCAGACUACUGCAGAACCAAACUUAUGUCGAUUCCCGAGGCUAAAAAGCUGAUAUCUCCCAAAAACCCACCAACCUUGGCUAUGGCUUUUACAAAUGAGGAAAUUGAUAUGUACUUUAGCCUUGACCAUAUAAAGCAGAGCGAAAACCCGAUUCACAUAGGGUUCCAGCGAAUUAGAAAAACCGCUUACUCAUUUCUAGCGUCUGCUUAUGACAUGACGAUUACUAGCACUAAGAACAAUAUUCUAGAAUAUGAAAAAUACCACUACGAGAACUGGGAACGGGGUCAGCCUUCGUUGAGGAAUGAUGAAAAGUAUGGUUGCAUGACAGUCAAACUGAAGGGCAGAAACGACUGCAAACAGGGUGAAAAACGGUUCAUUUGUGCAAACUAUACGUACGUCGAUGCCAAUGCGAAUCUAGAUCUCAAAAAAGUGCGAAUGGUAAUGAGGCAGGAAAAAAUAACCGAGACUUUGCUGGCCGAGUAUUACAUGGUUUUCUCGAAAUUCACGUUCGAAAGGGCCAGACAACAGUGCAAGUAUUUCGGAGUAGGGUUUGACCUUGCGGUCGGGUUCAACAGACGAGAACUUGAUCUUCUAUACGAAUUGGCAGCAGAAGCAAUGUUUGGCCCGAUAAAAGAGAUCCAUCUUGGCUUCCGAAGAUGGACGUCGGAAAUUACAUACACCUCUGUGGUUUUAAAUGUAGUUUUUAGCUCUUUUUGGGGUAAAAACGAGCCUGCAGGGAGAGAAUCAAAGAAUCAGCACUUUGGAUGUUUGAAGACGGUUAAUUCAAAAGAUAGAACGGACGGAAAAAGUUAUGUGCGAGGUGUUUGUACAUCGGAACAAGCACAAUAUCUGUGUGCGGUAUACGAGAAAAUCCCAUAUAGAGACAUAAACGGUCAAAACAUCAGCAAACCAAUACCAAUCCCGCAGUCAGAAGAGCGAAGCUUAGAAGAUUAUCAUGAGAAGGAUGAGCCUAACGUCCUGGGAAAUCAAUCAGAACCGACACCGGAUGCCAGUCUUGUGAACAAAGAAGGCUCUCUCGAGGCUGUAAAACAACAACUGAUACUUCUGAGUGUUCCACAAACUGUCUUGUUGUUUCUCAAUUUUGCUUUGGUUUCUUCAACAUUCAUUUGUUUCGUUACUAUUUCUUGCUUUUCUAUCAAAAAAGGGAGCACAUAA